AUGUUAAACAAAGUAGCAACUCUCGGUUCCAGCACACAGAUUCCGCAUGGUAGCCUUACAAGUAAUAAGAAUACCGAUAAGAUAAAAAUGCCAUUUUUUCGUAAAUCCCGUUCAGCUUCAAAAUCGCGUCAGAACGUAUGGUCAUCAGCGAUCUGGAAUAACAGUAAUGAUAAUAAUAGUAGCAACAGUAAUACUUACAGCAGAAACAAUUCAUUGGAACCAAUAGAAUUAUCUUGGGAACAAGUUGUAUCAAAUGACGGUUUUGUAAAACACUUUCUGAAAGUGUUUUGUGAGAAAGUUCGUAAAGGAGAUCAUUUUAAAACUGUUCGAAUUAUUGGAUCAACUACCGCCGGAUCAUGUAUUAGAGAAUUGGUUGAAACGUAUUACUCGAAACAUGGGACAUAUAAUGACUAUUACCUAUGCGAAAUUAUUGGACGUAUUGAACCAAUCUCAUCAUCUAUGACAUCGUCUACACCUGUGUGGUCUUUUACUGAACAAAAGGUUCGUCGAAUAGAUGUGAAUGAAAAUCUUAUUUCAUUAUUACAAAAUACCAGUCCAGGAUAUGGAUUAUGCAGACGACUGGAACUAAGACCAGUAGAAAUAAAUAAUAUGCCUACACCAGUACUUACCAAUGAAAACAAAAGUGUAAAUUGUUCACAAGUUAGUCUUCGUGAGUCUGUGACUGCUUCUCGGGCUACCUUGAAUUCGUCAAGAUCAUGUACACCUGUAAAUGGAAUUACUCUUUUCAAAGAUUCGCGUCGUGGUCAUUUCUUCAGAGGUAUACAAAUUCCACAAGGACCACAUCUUCUUUUACUACGUGGUAAUCAGCCAAAUCAUGAUAGCCUAUUACAUGACCUCACUAAACUUAUUCUUGAUAAUACAAUGCAGUCGUAUAUGAGUAUUGGUUAUGGCAAACAUGCUGAUAUUCGACUUUACCCCAUACCAUCUGAGAGGAAUUCAUAUGAAGGGGAGGGUAUGAUUGCGAAAGUUGUAGGAUAUAAUGUUGUGUUGAAGGCGUCGCCUGUUACAUCCAAGAGAGGACUAGUGUUUCUUGAACCUUAUGAUCAAAACAAUGAUGACAUCAAUAAUAAAAAGAACAAUGAAAAUAGUAGUGGGAAUAAAACUCCUAAUGGCCUUCGUUCUAUACCUGAUAGUAUUGAGAUAUACAUUAAUAAUGAUUUAAUUAAGCCAUCUUACGCUAACACAUUUACGAGACAUCAACUUCGUCCUGGCGAUCUCAUCUUUUUUGGAUCGCAAAACGUGGUUACAUUUACUUAUUUAAGGAUCCAAGAUGUACGCCAGAUCAUAAAUUGGAACUUCCAUUCACAAGUAAUCGAAAUCUUAGAAUCAGAUAAUAAUCACACUAGUAUCAGCACUUCUACUACUACUACUGAUGAAGAGGACAAUGAUGAGAUUACUCAGCGUUCAACAACAGGACAACAACGUACAAAUUCUAGUGCAACUAUUACACUUGAAGAAAUGAAACAAGAUAUAAAGCCGAUUCCGACUUUAAGUGAACUAGAGUGGAUUAUUGAGCCAUUACUUAUCCAAUUAACACUUACCGAGACCACAUUCACGUCAUCAACAACUUCCUUAACAUCAUCACUGACUUCACAGAAACUUGUCAGUUUGGACACAUUAUGUACAUGGGAAGUGACAAAGAAUACAAUAUUGGAACCAUGGAGAUCGGCAUGUUUGUUGAGUCUUCUUAUUAGAGCUACUGGAUUGAUUAAACUACGCAGUAAUACUAGUACUGUGACUACUACUAGUAAUAACAGCUCUAAGAAUGAAAAUUCCCCGUUGAAAACACUGAGAAAUAAUUCUAUGGAAGAUCUUUUGAAACAAAUCACAUCUAUAUUAUCCAAUUACCAAAAGCGUGCAGAAUUGACUGAAUCAAACCGACCAGUUUUCCAAUUUUGGCUCAGUUUAUUCUUCUACGAUUUAGCGAUCUAUCUUACAUCUGGAUGGCUUACGCAUGACAUCAAAUCCCCAUCAAUUAUAGUUGAUGAGCAUCGUCACCAAGAUAUUUCCAGAUCAGAAUUAUCUUUAAAUCACUUAUUUGGUGAAUUACAAGCUCCUGAAGAAGUGGCUGAAAUCGAUGAACUUAGAAAAUUGUCGUAUACAUUAGCUGAUCAGAUAAUUGAUAAACUGGUUAAAACAACAUGUCGUGCUGUUUUACCGUAUAUAUCUUCUUUGUAUCAAUGUUCCCCGAACAAUUCACCAACUCGUUCUCAGUGUGAUGAGAUGCAAUUCACAUCGCUAACAGAAUGGAAUAGUAGUAGAUCUGAGCUAUCUAGGUGGUUAAAUCAAAUAGUCUUGUGCUUCGAUGUAGCUUUCUACCCAUCUGGAUCACCUUCAUCCGCACAAAAUGAUACAGAAAAUCUAUCUAUCAACUCUACGUCGUUGCAUUCAACUGCGAGUAAUAAAAGUCCAAAUGGUAUAUCGAAUGAUGAAAUGCAUAGUCAGCAGUACAACUAUUCCCAUCAUCACCAUCAAUAUCUACAGCAUCAACAAAACCAACAGACUACACAUUCAAGACACACUCAAAAGAAAUCAGAGACAAGUGAUCUAAGUAUGUCAGGUGAUUCCGAUGUCGAUAAUGAAUUGUUGAUGGGGAGUAAACCUUUACAAUUAAAGAAACAGAGUGUAGCAGACGAUGAAGUAUUUCUAAGCGAUCACUCUAGACAGAAUACACUUCAGUCAACAGAGAACUCUUCGCACUAUCCAAUUUAUUCUACCAUGAAUCACUUGGAGGCAAUAUUUUGGCGCCAACUUUUGGCCAGUAUUUCUUAUGAAAUAUUAAAUACUAUACUUUUCACAGGAACGAUUAAAGUUGAUUGGGAAACUGGCAUGCAAUUACUGAACGGUGUUAAUUGGCUAGAAAACUGGUUAAGAUCACAUAAACUGGAUAAGCAUAGGCGUCCAUUGAAUAUGUUGAUGCAAGUAGCAAAUCUGCUAGCUACGCCUAGGCAAAAGCUUUUUAAAAUGACAUGGAAUGAUAUGCGAGAAACCUAUCCUUCCAUACCACCAGCUUUAUUACGGUUUUUGUUAGAGGAAUAUGAAGAAGAUGCAGCUGUUGUAGAUGAAGACCCUACUGACCUGAUUGAAAUAGCUUUGAAAGGAUGGAAGUCUAAAGAACGGUUGCGUCCAGCUAAACCACAUCAUCAUCAACUACCUCUCUAUAGACCUAUGGAUCCGUACGGCUUAUGCACUCAAACUGCUAUGAAAAGCUGUAUCAAUCAGUUAGAUGGAAAGUUGGCCUCUAAUCAGUCACCGUGUAUUCAUUUCCGAUGGCAUGAAUUAAUGCGCCAGUUUCCUCCGCCAAGAGUUAUUCCACAGAUUCAUGGCAAUCGUAACUCCAGCAUCAAUAGGUCAGCUAUACGGCAUAAGCUAACAGUUACAAAUCGUAGACGACUGCCGAUACGAACAAAUAAUGGCAGAACUAGUGCAUCACCUUCAAUAAGUAAUCAAAGCCCAUUGCCAGAAAACAAAGAAUUCUCACCUUUACCAAGUAAAACACAAACAAGUCAAUUUGGGAGUUCAAUGAAUACUACCAAUCAAACCUCAAGAUUUCCUGAUGGUAUGAAACCAAGACCUUCAAAUGGUGAACCAGUAUGGCGUGGAAAUCAUAUUUCAGAGAUGAGCAGCGACCAAGUCAGUGGUUUGGAUGGUAAUCAACAGGGGUUUUAUUGUCUCAAAGGACUAGCUGCUUCAAUCGGUGGUAUUGAUUUAAUUGGAAAUGCUAAUACAGAUGUAGAUUUCCCCCCCUUUGAACAAAAAUAUUCCAAUCCACGACAAAUGGGAAGUAAACCUAAUAACUAUCCUCAAGAAAGUGUUUAUCAUAGUCAACUCUUAAAUCGAAAAGUUAUCAGCCCACAUUGGUCAAGUCAAAUGUUAGAUACAAAUAGAACAGAAACGCCAGUAUCUCAUUGGUAUUUUGAUCCUCGUCUUCAAGCUUCAAAUGGCUUAUCACAAAGUGUAGGUGAUUUCAAUAAUGGCUCUAGACUACCAUCAAAUUUCCCCUCUAUGAAUCGUUUACAAGUUGAUCAGUUAAACGAAGCAGCCAAUGAUUGGAAGCAGUACCGAAUGUCUUUACUAGGCCAAGGAUUGGAUAAAAUUAGAACUUCACGAUCCGGUUCUAGAUCAGUUACCCAGGACUAA